AAGAAGAAAAGAAGAAGAAGAAGGCGAAGAAGAAGAACUGCGACCUGGCUGUCAACAGUCAGUGAAGGAAAAAUGGCUGCAAGGUUAUUGCUUCGUUCUGGUUUUAGAGCCGCGGUGAGCUGCCGGGCUGCCCGGGUUCCUGCUCUGAGCCGCGGUAUGGCGGCUGGAGGGAUUCCCACUGAUGAGGAGCAGGCCACAGGACUGGAGAAGAUCACCAUGGAGGCCCUGAAGGAGGGAAAGGAUCCAUACAACAUGAUGAAACCGAAGAGCUACGCUGGCACUAAAACCGACCCCCACCUGGUUCCCUCCGUCACAAACAAGAGGCUGGUGGGAUGUGUUUGUGAGGAAGACAGCACUUGCGUGGUUUGGUUCUGGCUUCACGAAGGAAACGCCCAGCGCUGUCCAUCAUGUGGUGCCCACUACAAGCUGGUGCCCCACGAGCUCUCCCAUUAAAUUCUAGAUUUACACAGUACAAUUUCUGGACCUUUUUUUUUUUUUUUAACUCUUCAUUCCACCAAGAAGAGUCAGACUAUUUUUACUUUUCAGCUUACAAUAAGAUGCUGUGGGGGGCUCUGUGUAUUUACUGGUCUGAUGCUGUUUAUCUUGUUUUACCUCAGCCAAGUUAUAUUUCCAAAUCCACUGGUUUGGGGAACUUCAGAUUCAGUUUACGCUGACACGUGUACUGUUUCAUGUUAUACUCUGACCACUUAACUGCUUUUUAUUAAGCAAAUAAAGUGCUGAACUCUGUGUGUUUCAA